AUGGCGACCACGAUCACAUUACGACAAUACGCAGUCCCAGUUGCAAUAUCAAUCCUCUCAGUUCUUUACAGGUGAGUAACCUCGCCUUAAACAUUUAUACAAAUAUGAAAUCAUAUUUUCAGACCGAAAUUGUGCAUUUCAAGAGUGGUCAAAUAUCAAAACACAUUGCCAAAUGGCAUGAGAUUACCUCUGACCCAGAGGUUCUAGGUUCGUGGACUUCACAUUGAAUUCUCGACCGAACCUUAUCAAUGACAAAGGGUAUAAUAGAAAAAUCACAACAUGAGCCGGGAGAGUUUAUCUCCCCCAUAUUUCUAAAGGAGAAAAAAGAUGGAUCAUACAGAAUGAUCCUCAAGCGACCAAAUGCUCAUGUUCAAUACCACCAUUUCAAAAUGGGGUCAAUUCAGUCAGCCAUUAGACUGCUGACACCAAACUGUUUUAUGGCAUCAUCAAUCUGAAAGAUGCAUACUAUACUGUGUCCCAAUAGCGAGCUUCCACCACAAAUAUCUAAAAUUUGAGUGGUAUGGGUCACUGUACCAGUUUACUUGCUUCACCAAUGGCCUAGUAGCCUGUUGCCCACGCAAGUUCACAAAACUAAUGAAGCCAGUACUUUGUUACCUCAGGAAAUUGGGUCACCAAUCCUCCCUUUACAUUGACGACUCAUUACGAACAGGUCAAACCUAUGACGACUGUGCAGCUAAUGUGAUUGACACAACACAGCUCAUAGACAACUUGGGGUUUAUAGCUCACCCUGACAAAUCUGUUUUCAUCCCCACUCAUGAAUUAGACCAUCUUGGUUUCACACUGAACUCCAGUAACUCCAAAACUAUGCAGGUGACUAUAACACCUGGAAAGAAGUUGAAUCUCAUAGAAACAUGUAAGGAACUCCUUACGAAAGAAUACCCUUCUAUCCAUGAGGUUGCUAGGGUAAUAGGCUUGCUCAUCUCAAACUUCCCAGGUGUUGCAAUGGGACCACUACAUGACAGACUUUCUGAAGCUGACAUAAUGCAGCACUUAAACAUAACAAACGAAAGUUUGAUGCCACUGUGCACUCUCGGCUGAAGCCAAGGAAGAACUUGUGUGGUGGAUAAAUAACAUUGACACUGCAUUCAACCCAGUGCAUAGGGGGCAACCUAACAUAACCAUACAGACAGAUCAGAUGCUUCAAACUGAGAUGGGGAUGUGCACUGGGUGACAAAACAACUAGUGGACUCUGGGGCCAAACUGAGUCUUAUGAACACAUAAUUUACUUAGAAACACUAGCAGUCUUUCUGUCACUUAAAUCCUUUUAGCAUAUUCUAAGUGGCAACCAUGCAAUGAUCAUGGUGGAUAAUACCACUGCUGAAAGCAUCAUUAGAGAAAUGGUAACCAGCCUAUGUAGUGCUAGAUUAAAUCACCUGGUAAAACAAAUUUGGCAGUGGUGAGAAAGCCAGAAAAUAUGGAUAACAAUGGCACACAUACCAGGGGUUGAAAGCUGUCAAGCAGACUUUCAGCCUCUGUCUUUCAAUUGGGGGACUGAAUGGUGUCUUAGGUAACAAAGACAUAGUAUUACUUACCUUGGCAUGUAACAUGCUCAGGUUUACCCCUGACAUUGAUCUAUUUGUUUCCAGAAUCAACCAUCGUAGCAUUUAGACCAGACCCUGAAGCAAUUGCCAUUAAUGCCUUUCACAUGACAUGGACUCAAUUUGCUCUGUAUGCUUUCCCACCAUUUAGUGUGAUAAUGCAAGUGCUACAGAAAGUCCAAGAAGAUCAAGCCUCAGGGAUCCUAGUGAUCCCAUAUUGGCCAACACAGAUAUGGUGGCUGAAAGCAAUGAACAUGAUUGUCCAACAGCCAAUUGUCUUACCAAAAAGCAAGGAACUAUUAUUUCUCCCCAACCAACCCAACAAAAUAUAUGGGACAUGAGCAUUGUCUUAAACCACCUUAAACAGUCUAAAAUUGCCAAAGAACUGUUACUGAAAGACUUAACUCUAAAGCUUGUUAUGCUAAUGGGACUUUUGUCUGGGCAGCGAUGCCAGACUCUGCAAUCAUUAAGUAUUGACAGCAUGAAACUUGGUGAUGAUGAGUGUGUUUUUCCCAUUAACAAACUACUGAAAACCACCAAACCUGGUUCCAAACCACUAAAACUGCUUUAA